AUGGUGCGCCUGUUGGAUUUAUUCACCCUCAGCGAGGUCUACGAUAAGGCGAUCCCUUAUCUCCGUACCUCUUUCUUCUAUGCUCAGAGGGGUUCUGUUUGUUUAUUAGACGUGGUGUUCAGAAUAGGGUCAUAUCGGGUGGGAGAAUUUGUACAUGAGGUCCUCGCAUUAGUCAUCUUCUAUUCGCCAAUGAAAGUGUUCUGUUUAAUAAAAUCUGCGAUAUUCUUCAGCGCAAGCAUUCCCCAAGAUAACAAAGGUGCGAUGGAAGAGUUGUUGGGGUUCCGAAUGGUGAAUCAGUUUAAGAAGUAUCUUGGUAUGCCUACGCUAAUUGAUUGCUCUAACAAGCCCAUUUUUGUAGAAGUCCUUAUCAAGUCGAUAGCUCAAUCAAUCCCAAUUUACAUCAUGAGUUGUUUUUCUCUACUGACCUUCUUCUGCAAUGAGAUGCGUAGCAUUAUUGCUAAAUUUUGGUGGAGUGGAAUAGACGAUCAAAAGAAAAUUUCAUGGGUUAGUUGGAAUGCUAUUUGUAAGCCUAAGAAGGAGGGAGGGUUAGGCUUUCGAAAUCUUUGCGCUUUCAAUCUCGCAAUACUCGCAAAACAAGCUUGGAAGCUCACUCAAAAUCCACGGUCAUUAUGCGCUAGAGUUCUUAAGGGUAUUGCUUGGAGGAUUGGGGAUGGAAAUUCUGUUGAUGUCAUGACCGAUAACUUGAUCACUUCAGCUAGCUACAUGAAACCGGUUGGAGUGUUGAAUGUCCCGGAGGGUUGCAAAGUUAAUUAUUUCUUGAAAUCCAACGCCACCUGGAAUAGAGAGAAGAUUCAUGCAUGUUUCUUGACAGCCAAUGCGUCAAACAUCCUGAAAAUUCCUAUUAGCAGAAAUCUACCUCCGGAUAAGAUUUUUUGGCCGCUAAACAAAAAUGGUUUUUACUCGGUUAAACCUGGGUAUUACUAA